UUUUCUUUGUCCUCUGUUAGGAAAUGGUGGUAUGUAUUUUAAACUUUACAAUUAAAUAUCAAACACUAACAUGGUUAAAUGGUUAGGAUACAGGUUAGAUAUGUAUUUAAUAUUUUCAAAAGCAUCAGACGGAUUUACAUAUAGCCUAUACAUGGCACAAUUAUUGUUUUCAGCGAUGUUGAAGAAUGUGUCUUAGUGGUCAUUUUGAUAGAAUAUAGGUUUGAAGUAGUUAAAUCAUCACAUGAGAACUUUAACCAUUCAUCUUUGAUCAUAACACCUGACACAGCAAUGUAAUGGUUUUACUCGUUUUGCUUCUUUCAGCCAGAAAACGUUUGGACUACAAAAGCCCCUUUCCUGAGUCUGAAAUGGAGGAAGUCAAGUUCAGGGUUAAUCAGCGAUCGAAGAUGCACAAGGCUAUUAGCGAGUUCAUAGUGACGGUUUUUCUGCUUAUUCUCCUCUGUUCCAUUGGCUACACCAACAGAGAUCCUCACGGCUUUCUGCUACGCACAAACCUGCAGAACCAGCUGUUCCGUCCAUUAAGACCAGUCUACAAACCAGGUGCCCCGCUUGCACCAACUGACAAUGUUCACAGUGUACGAGAGUACUACGUGUGGCUCAAUUAUACAGUGAUGGACGCCAUGUUCCCACAGGAGAAUUACAACGAUGAUCUGCUCGGGGCAACAGACAGACUAUUGAUGUCGGAUCUUAGCAAUCUCCGUGUUGGGGCGCCCAGACUAAGACUACUCAGAGAAAGGAAAACUUCCUGUUCCUUGCCAUAUUUAGGCAAUGUCAACUGCAUUCCACCAUAUUCAGUUGCUAAUGAAGAUACACGCGACUAUUGUGAGGGCUGGAACUCUACAAAACCAUGUAACGAGGAUGAAGGGUUGAGACUAACAAGUGCAGCCUGGACUUUCAUACCAGCUUGGAAAAUCUGGGGUAUUCCUAUAGCAGGCACAUUCAAGGUGUAUGGUGGAGGUGGAUAUAUAGCGGAGUUGGACAUCAGUCGCCCAGUGGCUAAAAAAUCAAUAGCUGAACUGAUAGAAACCAUGUGGAUUGACCGUCGCACGAGAGCUGUGUUUUUAGAGUUCACUGUAUAUUCUACAAACCUGAACAUGUUUGCUUACAUCAGUUUACUUUCCGAGUUUCCCGAAACGGGCGCUGUCUUUCACUAUACCAAUAUCUUCACCUUCAGAAGUCUACAGCUAACAGGAACUCUGGGUAGCUUCGUUCUGAUAUGCGAAAUCCUUUUCAUGAUAACCACUGUUGUAUGGGUCGUGGUUAUGGGAGUCCGCUUGCUAAAAGAGAGAUGGACGUUCUUCACGGUGUUCUGGAACAUAGUUGAACUCGCCACUGUCGGUCUGUCUUUUGCUGCAGUCGUCUUGUACUUAAUCAGGCUUAUGUAUACCAAUGAAGCCAUAGCUAAGUUCAAAGAGAACUCUCGCAUUUUCAUCAACUUCUACCACAUUUCAGUAUGGGAUGGCUUCUUUAUAUACGUUGUUGCCAUUCUUAUAGCCCUUGUAACUAUGCGACUUAUCAAGGUUCUGGGCCUCACAAAAUUCACCCGUACCGUCUUCACUGUAUUGAAGCAAAGCUCUAAGACUCUUCCUGGUUUCUUUUUCUACAUUUUCCUCAUCCUGCUGGCAUUCGCUGCAUGUGGCACCCUGUUCUUCGGCCCCUUCGCAAAGGAAUACAAAGACAUCAUCACGUGUUUGGAGAGUCUCUUCUCUGGCGUGCUGGGUCACGCUGGAUUCACCAAGAUGAACAUCCCUGCCGAAAGCAACUGGUUUGGUUUGAUAUACUUCAUAACCUUCAUCAUCGUCGUGACCUUUACACUGGCAAAUAUCUUUAUGACGAUAUUACUGGACACGAUGGACAUGCUUGCCCAAGAUCGCAGCAAUGACAGGGAUCUGGAACUUACGACAUACUUGUGGCACUCUGCUAAAGAAAUCAUCACCGGGAAGAAAACGGAUGGGUUUUUGAAGGCAAAAUCAGAUACUGAUGGCGAAUCUAUCACACGGAUAACCACUUUUCGUCAACUACUGAUGACAGACGUCAAAAACCGUGAAAAUGCCCAGCUGUAGCCAGUGUUGGUCAAGUGAUUAAAUGACUUCAGAAGCUGAAUGAAUAAAGUACCCCGCCGUAAAUACUGUAAACUAUUGUAUACCGUUAUACAAAAUAUAUCACAUUGUAAAAAUCCUAAUAGGUGCACGUACCCGCACCUGCAUGUACGUAUGCACACUAGAUACAUACACAACUGUCGUAUUAUUCUGUAAAGUCUGUCAUCUUUCUCGGUUUGUUUUUGUUUACUUACAAAAUGUCAUUAUCUGUGAUUUAGAGGUACCUCAUACCGUCUGUUUUUGUGAUACUAAAAUAUAUUUUUACAACAAAUGCUGGACCAGUGUUGAAUAUUGUUUUAAAAUUAAAUUUUAUUGAUAUGGAUGACAUACUGUCAAAUGUGAUAACUUGGUAUGUUAUUUUGUUGUUCAAGUGUUUGGUGAAUGUAUAUAUAUAAAUAGUAUUGUUCUUUGAACUUUAUGAAUCAUAGCCGGUAAUAAUUUGUUUUGUACUUGAUUUUGUUUUUAAACAUUUAUGUUAUUAAGACACAAAAUGCUCUAUAUUUUGGUCUAGGUUUCAUAUUUAUUUAUUUAUUAUUUAUUAUUUUUUAUUUUUUUUAAAUAUUGUUUUGUUUGGGGGGGGUGGGGGUAAUAGUUUUUUGUGUGUUUUUGUUUUGUUUGUUUGUUUGUUUUUGU